AUGGCAGCGCCUUUCCCGAAUCUGUACACCCAUCGCAAGGUCGCCGAAGCGUCGGCCAAGUCGUGCGACAUUUGCUAUAAGCUCAGCACCUCGGUGCUCAUCACGCCCGACAAGAAGGACUUCUUCUACGUCUGCCCCAUUCACUUGAAAGACGUUUACUUUUGCACUCCAAAGAUCGACGAGGAUGCCGCCAAAGCCAAGAGGGAAAAAGAGCUCGCAGAGGAGACGGAGAAGCUGAAGAAGGAGUACGAGGAGCGGCAUCGCAAAAAGAAAGAAAAGGAGUCCAAAGAUAAGGACAAGGAGUCCAAAGAAGACGGCAAGGACAAGGGGAAGGACAAGGAAGAUGGAAAUGAUAAAAAGGAAGACGAUAGCAAGAGCAAAGACGAGGAACAGGGGGAAGAGCCGCGAGUCUUUGAGCUCAAGAGCGCAUUCUACAAGCAACGCAUACAAAGAAAACGCCAAUCCGAGGUUGCAAAGAGAGAUCGCGAGCGAGCGUCGCAGCCCAAUUACUUUCCCUCGGUCCCCACCGACUUGCCUCGCAAAUGA